GCCAUUUCUCUUGUAGGUUGAUAAAGAGACAAACACAGAUGAAGCGGUUGCUGACAGCAUGGCGGUUCGCCCCAAAGACCGCAGUGGCCUGGCCUCCCGACAGCACCCCUUUGUGCGGAGCAGCGUGAUCGUGCGUUCACAGACCUUCUCCCCAGGCGAGCGCAGUCAGUAUGUUUGCAGGUUAAAUCGGAGUGACAGUGACAGUUCAACCUUGGCUAAAAAGUCACUGUUUGUGAGAAACUCCACGGAGCGGCGCAGCUUGCGGGUCAAAAGGACGGUUUGCCAGCCAGUCCUCAGAAGGACAGCCCAAGAAUGCCCUGUGCGCACAUCUCUAGACCUAGAACUGGACCUUCAGGCCUCACUAACCCGCCAGAGUCGCCUCAACGAUGAGCUGCAGGCCCUGAGGGACUUGAGGCAAAAACUGGAGGAGCUGAAAGCUCAGGGAGAGACUGACCUGCCCCCAGGUGUGCUAGAGGACGAGAGAUUCCAGAAGCUCCUGAAACAAGCAGAGAAGCAGUGCCUAGUGCCCCACCUGGUUGGACAUCAGAAAGAUUGGGGUGAACGUGUUGAGAGCUUCGAGUGCCUGCAAGCUGCAGAGCUACUGCAGGUUUCUCAGAGGUGCUGUUUGGAAGGGUGGCGAGCAGUGGGGCAUUUCCUAUUCAAAACAGGGACAGGGACGACACCACUGUUCAGUACUGCAACCCCAGGAUACACAAUGGCAUCUGGCUCUGUUUACUCACCGCCUACUCGGCCACUACCCAGAAACACCCUAUCAAGAAGUGCUUUCAAAUUCAAAAAGUCUUCAAAGUACUGUAGCUGGAAGUGUACCGCGCUGUGUGCUGUAGGGGUCUCAGUGCUCCUCGCAAUACUCCUAUCAUAUUUCAUUGCAAUGCAUCUAUUUGGCCUCAACUGGCAGUUACAACAGACUGAAAAUGACACAUUUGAGAAUGGAAAAGUGAAUUCUGAAACCAUGCCAACAAACACUGUAUCAUUACCUUCUGGUGACAAUGGAAAAUUAGGUGGAUUUACACAAGAAAAUAACACCAUAGAUUCUGGAGAACUUGAUAUUGGCCGAAGAGCAAUUCAAGAGGUGCCCCCUGGGAUCUUCUGGAGAUCACAGCUCUUUAUUGAUCAGCCACAGUUUCUUAAAUUCAAUAUCUCUCUUCAGAAGGAUGCAUUGAUUGGAGUAUAUGGCCGAAAAGGCUUACCACCUUCCCAUACUCAGUACGAUUUUGUAGAGCUCCUGGAUGGCAGCAGGUUGAUUGCAAGAGAGCAGAGGAACCUGGUAGAGUCUGAAAGAGCCGGGCGGCAGGCAAGAUCUGUCAGUCUUCAUGAGGCUGGCUUUAUUCAGUACUUAGAUUCCGGAAUUUGGCAUCUGGCUUUUUAUAAUGAUGGGAAAAAUGCAGAGCAGGUGUCUUUUAAUACCAUUGUCAUAGAGUCAGUGGUGGAAUGCCCCCGAAAUUGCCAUGGAAAUGGAGAGUGUGUUUCUGGAACCUGCCAUUGUUUUCCAGGAUUUCUGGGUCCAGAUUGUUCAAGAGCAGCCUGUCCAGUGCUGUGUAGUGGCAAUGGGCAGUACUCAAAGGGCCGCUGCCUGUGUUUCAGUGGCUGGAAGGGCACCGAGUGUGAUGUGCCGACGACCCAGUGCAUUGACCCACAGUGUGGGGGUCGUGGGAUUUGUAUCAUGGGCUCUUGUGCUUGCAACUCAGGAUACAAAGGAGAAAAUUGUGAAGAAGCUGACUGUCUCGACCCUGGAUGUUCUAAUCACGGGGUGUGUAUCCAUGGGGAAUGUCACUGCAAUCCCGGAUGGGGUGGUAACAACUGUGAAAUACUCAAGACCUUGUGUCCAGAUCAGUGUUCUGGUCAUGGAACGUAUCUUCAAGAAAGUGGCUCCUGUACUUGUGAUCCUAACUGGACUGGCCCAGAUUGCUCAAAUGAAAUAUGUUCCGUGGACUGUGGCUCGCACGGCGUUUGCAUGGGAGGCACAUGUCGCUGUGAGGAAGGCUGGACUGGCCCAGCAUGCAAUCAGAGAGCUUGCCACCCCCGCUGUGCCGAACACGGGACCUGCAAGGAUGGCAAGUGUGAAUGCAGCCAGGGGUGGAAUGGAGAGCACUGCACUAUUGCUCACUAUUUGGAUAAGAUAGUUAAAGAGGGUUGUCCUGGUCUGUGCAACAGCAAUGGGAGAUGUACACUGGACCAAAACGGCUGGCAUUGUGUUUGCCAGCCAGGGUGGAGAGGAGCCGGCUGUGAUGUAGCCAUGGAGACUCUCUGCACAGAUAGCAAGGACAAUGAAGGAGAUGGACUCAUUGACUGUAUGGAUCCUGACUGCUGCUUACAGAGCUCUUGCCAAAAUCAGCCCUACUGUCGUGGAUUGCCUGAUCCUCAGGAUAUCAUUAGCCAAGGUUUACAGUCACCAUCUCAGCAAGCUGCCAAAUCCUUCUAUGAUCGCAUCAGUUUUCUUAUUGGAUCUGAUAGCACCCAUGUGAUACCUGGAGAAAGUCCUUUCAAUAAAAGUCUUGCAUCUGUCAUCAGAGGCCAAGUACUAACUGCUGAUGGAACUCCACUUAUUGGAGUAAAUGUCUCAUUUUUCCAUUACCCAGAAUACGGAUAUACUAUUACCCGCCAGGAUGGAAUGUUUGACUUGGUGGCAAAUGGAGGGGCAUCUCUAACCUUGGUAUUCGAACGAUCCCCAUUCCUCACUCAGUAUCAUACUGUGUGGAUUCCAUGGAAUGUCUUUUAUGUAAUGGAUACACUUGUCAUGAAGAAAGAGGAGAAUGACAUUCCCAGCUGUGAUCUGAGUGGGUUUGUGAGGCCAAAUCCUAUCAUUGUGUCAUCACCUUUAUCCACAUUUUUCAGAUCUUCUCCUGAAGACAGUCCCAUCAUUCCCGAGACACAGGUCCUCCAUGAAGAAACCACAAUCCCAGGAACAGAUUUGAAACUUUCUUACCUGAGUUCCAGAGCUGCAGGGUAUAAAUCAGUUCUCAAGAUCACCAUGACCCAGUCUGUUAUACCCUUUAAUCUGAUGAAGGUGCAUCUGAUGGUAGCUGUGGUCGGGAGACUCUUCCAAAAGUGGUUUCCUGCCUCACCAAACUUGGCCUAUACUUUCAUAUGGGAUAAAACAGAUGCAUAUAAUCAGAAGGUCUACGGUCUGUCUGAAGCUGUUGUGUCAGUUGGAUAUGAAUAUGAGUCAUGUCUGGACCUGACUCUGUGGGAAAAGAGGACUGCCAUUUUGCAAGGCUAUGAAUUAGAUGCUUCCAACAUGGGUGGCUGGACCUUAGAUAAACAUCACGUGCUGGAUGUUCAGAAUGGUAUAUUGUACAAGGGAAAUGGGGAAAACCAAUUUAUUUCCCAGCAGCCUCCAGUUGUCAGUAGUAUCAUGGGCAAUGGACGGAGACGCAGCAUCUCAUGCCCAAGUUGCAAUGGUCAAGCUGAUGGGAAUAAACUAUUGGCCCCUGUCGCGCUAGCAUGUGGGAUCGAUGGCAGUCUAUAUGUAGGAGAUUUCAACUAUGUUCGGCGGAUAUUCCCUUCUGGAAAUGUAACAAGUGUUUUAGAACUAAGAAAUAAAGAUUUUAGACAUAGUAGUAACCCAGCCCAUAGAUAUUACCUUGCAACUGAUCCAGUCAAGGGAGAUUUGUAUGUUUCUGACACUAACACCCGAAGAAUUUACCGCCCAAAGUCACUCACGGGAGCAAAAGACUUGACUAAAAAUGCUGAAGUGGUUGCUGGGACAGGAGAGCAGUGCCUUCCAUUCGAUGAAGCCAGGUGUGGGGACGGAGGGAAGGCUGUGGAGGCAACACUCAUGAGCCCCAAAGGAAUGGCAAUUGAUAAGAAUGGAUUAAUCUACUUUGUUGAUGGAACCAUGAUUAGAAAAGUCGAUCAAAAUGGAAUCAUAUCAACUCUCCUGGGCUCUAAUGAUCUGACGUCAGCCAGACCUUUAACUUGCGACACUAGCAUGCACAUCAGCCAGGUACGUCUGGAAUGGCCCACUGACCUAGCCAUUAACCCUAUGGAUAACUCCAUUUAUGUCCUGGAUAAUAAUGUAGUUCUACAGAUCACUGAAAACCGUCAAGUUCGCAUUGCCGCUGGACGGCCCAUGCAUUGCCAGGUUCCUGGAGUGGAAUAUCCUGUGGGGAAGCAAGCAGUUCAGACAACACUGGAAUCAGCCACUGCCAUUGCUGUGUCAUACAGUGGGGUCCUGUACAUUACUGAAACCGAUGAAAAGAAAAUUAACCGAAUAAGGCAGGUCACAACAGAUGGGGAAAUCUCCUUGGUGGCUGGAAUACCUUCAGAAUGUGACUGCAAAAAUGAUGCCAACUGUGACUGUUAUCAGAGUGGAGAUGGCUAUGCCAAAGAUGCCAAACUUAAUGCUCCAUCCUCUUUAGCUGCUUCUCCAGAUGGUACACUGUACAUUGCAGAUCUGGGGAAUAUUAGGAUCCGGGCUGUGUCAAAGAAUAAGCCUUUACUUAACUCCAUGCACUUCUAUGAAGUUGCCUCUCCAACUGAUCAAGAACUCUACAUCUUUGACAUCAAUGGUACUCACCAGUAUACUGUGAGUUUAGUCACUGGUGAUUACCUGUACAAUUUCAGCUACAGCAAUGACAACGAUAUUACUGCUGUGACAGACAGCAAUGGCAAUACCCUCAGAAUUAGACGGGAUCCAAAUCGGAUGCCCGUGAGGGUGGUGUCUCCAGAUAACCAAGUGAUAUGGUUGACCAUAGGAACAAAUGGAUGUUUGAAAAGCAUGACAGCUCAAGGACUAGAAUUAGUCUUAUUUACUUACCAUGGCAACAGUGGACUUUUAGCCACUAAAAGUGAUGAAACUGGAUGGACAACAUUUUUUGACUACGACAGUGAAGGCCGUCUGACAAAUGUCACAUUUCCAACUGGAGUGGUCACAAACCUUCAUGGGGACAUGGACAAGGCUAUCACAGUGGACAUUGAAUCAUCCAGCCGAGAAGAAGAUGUCAGCAUCACUUCAAAUCUGUCUUCAAUCGAUUCUUUCUAUACCAUGGUUCAAGAUCAGUUAAGAAACAGCUACCAGAUUGGCUAUGAUGGCUCCCUUAGAAUUAUCUAUGCCAGUGGUCUGGAUUCACACUACCAGACAGAGCCCCACGUUCUGGCUGGCACCGCAAAUCCCACAGUGGCCAAAAGAAACAUGACUCUUCCUGGUGAGAAUGGUCAGAAUUUGGUGGAAUGGAGAUUCCGAAAAGAACAAGCCCAAGGGAAAGUCAACGUCUUUGGUCGAAAGCUUAGGGUUAAUGGCAGAAACCUACUUUCAGUUGACUUUGAUCGGACAUCAAAGACAGAGAAAAUCUAUGAUGACCACCGUAAAUUUCUACUAAGGAUCGCCUAUGACACAUCAGGGCACCCAACUCUAUGGCUGCCAAGCAGCAAGCUGAUGGCGGUCAAUGUCACCUAUUCAUCCACAGGUCAAAUUGCCAGCAUCCAGAGAGGAACUACUAGUGAAAAAGUAGAUUACGAUGGACAGGGAAGGAUUGUGUCUCGAGUCUUUGCUGAUGGCAAAACAUGGAGUUACACAUAUUUAGAAAAGUCCAUGGUUCUUCUGCUUCAUAGCCAGCGACAGUACAUCUUUGAAUAUGAUAUGUGGGACCGCCUGUCUGCCAUCACCAUGCCCAGUGUGGCUCGCCACACCAUGCAGACCAUCCGCUCCAUUGGCUACUACCGCAACAUAUACAACCCCCCAGAAAGCAAUGCCUCCAUCAUUACAGACUACAAUGAGGAAGGGCUGCUUCUGCAAACGGCUUUCUUGGGCACAAGUCGGAGGGUCUUAUUCAAGUAUAGAAGGCAGACCAGGCUCUCAGAAAUCUUAUAUGAUAGCACAAGAGUCAGUUUUACCUAUGAUGAAACAGCUGGAGUGCUAAAGACGGUAAACCUCCAGAGUGAUGGUUUUAUUUGCACCAUUAGAUACAGGCAAAUUGGCCCUCUGAUUGACAGACAGAUUUUCCGCUUUAGUGAAGAUGGGAUGGUAAAUGCCAGAUUUGACUAUAGCUAUGACAACAGCUUUAGAGUGACCAGCAUGCAGGGUGUCAUCAAUGAAACUCCACUGCCCAUCGAUCUCUAUCAAUUUGAUGACAUUUCUGGUAAAGUUGAGCAGUUUGGGAAAUUUGGGGUUAUCUAUUACGACAUUAACCAGAUCAUCUCCACAGCUGUGAUGACUUACACAAAGCACUUUGACGCUCACGGCCGUAUCAAGGAAAUCCAGUAUGAGAUAUUCAGGUCGCUCAUGUACUGGAUCACAGUUCAGUAUGAUAACAUGGGCCGGGUAACCAAGAGGGAGAUUAAAAUCGGACCCUUUGCCAACACCACCAAAUACGCCUAUGAGUAUGAUGUUGACGGGCAGCUGCAGACCGUUUACCUAAAUGAGAAGAUCAUGUGGCGCUACAACUAUGACCUAAACGGGAACCUCCACUUGCUGAAUCCAAGCAGCAGCGCCCGGCUGACACCUCUCCGCUAUGACCUUCGAGACAGAAUCACUCGACUGGGGGAUGUUCAAUAUCGCUUGGAUGAAGAUGGCUUCCUACGUCAGAGAGGCACAGAAAUCUUUGAGUACAGCUCCAAGGGGCUUCUAACUCGAGUUUAUAGUAAAGGCAGUGGCUGGACAGUGAUCUAUCGUUAUGAUGGCCUUGGAAGGCGUGUUUCUAGCAAAACCAGUCUAGGACAGCACCUGCAGUUUUUUUAUGCUGACCUAACUUAUCCCACUAGGAUUACUCAUGUCUACAAUCAUUCAAGUUCAGAAAUUACCUCCCUUUAUUAUGAUCUCCAAGGACAUCUUUUUGCUAUGGAAAUUAGCAGUGGGGAUGAAUUUUACAUUGCAUCAGAUAACACAGGGACACCAUUGGCUGUUUUCAGUAGCAAUGGGCUUAUGCUAAAACAGAUUCAGUACACAGCAUAUGGUGAAAUCUAUUUUGACUCCAAUAUUGACUUUCAACUGGUAAUUGGAUUUCAUGGUGGCUUAUAUGACCCACUCACCAAAUUAAUCCACUUUGGAGAAAGAGAUUAUGACAUUUUGGCAGGACGAUGGACAACGCCUGACAUAGAAAUCUGGAAAAUUGGGAAGGACCCAGCUCCCUUUAACUUGUAUAUGUUUAGGAAUAACAACCCUGCAAGCAAAAUCCAUGAUGUGAAAGACUAUAUCACAGAUGUUAACAGCUGGCUGGUGACAUUUGGCUUCCAUCUGCACAAUGCUAUUCCUGGAUUCCCUGUUCCCAAAUUUGAUUUAACAGAACCUUCUUAUGAACUUGUAAAGAGUCAGCAGUGGGAUGAUGUGCCGCCCAUUUUUGGAGUUCAGCAGCAAGUGGCAAGGCAAGCCAAGGCCUUCCUGUCCUUGGGGAAGAUGGCCGAGGUGCAGGUGAGCCGGCGCAAGGCCGGCGGCGAGCAGUCGUGGCUGUGGUUCGCCACGGUCAAGUCGCUGAUCGGCAAGGGCGUCAUGCUGGCCGUCAGCCAGGGCCGCGUGCAGACCAACGUGCUCAACAUCGCCAACGAGGACUGCAUCAAGGUCGCGGCCGUGCUCAACAACGCCUUCUACCUGGAGAACCUGCACUUCACCAUCGAGGGCAAGGACACGCAUUACUUCAUCAAGACCACCACGCCCGAGAGCGACCUGGGCACGCUGCGGCUGACGAGCGGCCGCAAGGCGCUGGAGAACGGCAUCAACGUGACGGUGUCGCAGUCCACCACGGUGGUCAACGGCAGGACUCGCAGGUUCGCCGACGUGGAGAUGCAGUUCGGUGCGCUGGCGCUGCACGUGCGCUACGGCAUGACGCUGGACGAGGAGAAGGCGCGCAUCCUGGAGCAGGCGCGGCAGCGCGCGCUCGCCCGGGCCUGGGCGCGCGAGCAGCAGCGCGUGCGCGACGGCGAGGAGGGCGCGCGCCUGUGGACGGAGGGCGAGAAGCGGCAGCUGCUGAGCGCCGGCAAGGUGCAGGGCUACGACGGGUACUACGUACUCUCGGUGGAGCAGUACCCCGAGCUGGCCGACAGCGCCAACAACAUCCAGUUCCUCCGGCAGAGCGAGAUCGGCAAGAGGUAACGCCCGCCGCGCCGGGCCGCGGCUCCCCGGGCCUCCCACUGCCCUCGCCGACUGUCCUAGCACAACCCCCGCGGGACUGCCACUCGGGAGCCA